GGCGUUUGUUUACAUCGCUUCAUCCGCUCACUUGGGUCAUGGUCAAGUCAUUGCAUGAUGCUUUCCUUUGAUUUGAUGGGCUUAUUACUUUUCUCACUCAAUCCUCUUUCAUUUAUUGCUAUAUCUAUUUCUUACCUCUGAUUUGUUCAACAACUCCCCGUGUGGUCUUCGAUCUUGCUUAUCUAACUGUAAACAGAACUAGAACUGGAUGCCGUGGAAGAGGAACCAUCAAUCACCUCUCCCCAAAAGACCAGGGCUCAACAGUACAACCGGGAAGUUCCAGAGUCUCCUGAAGAUGUAGGAAACAUGUCUGGAACAACAUUUCUGCCCGCCUCAGAGCCGGAUACAGAUGUUAAUGCAGACAUGAUGAUUGAAUCGCUGCCGGAUCUUGAGCGAGCAGCCAAAAAUGUCCUGGACUUCCUAGUCUUGUCGUCGCCAGAUAUGGUGACAAUCGUCAACGUGGCCAAAAAACUUGGGGAUCCCAAGACCAAGCAUCCCCAGCGAAGAAUGCUUGAGCGCUCCAGGUCUAACUUGAUGAGCAACUCCAAAUACUUCACCAACCAGACAUACAUUGAUGUUAGACAGGUCAACCGCUUGGUUUUGCCAAUGUUGACAGAAAAGUCUGCCGUUGAGGAAAAUUGGAGUAUUGACCCUAUCCUGCACCGGGCAAAUUGUGCGCGCUUUGCCCAUCAAGUGCUCCUGGCCAGCGGUGAUGCUAGCUCGCCCAGGCAGGCAAUUAUCAACCUGGAAGGUCGAUUUCCAUCGCCUUUCAUGUGUGACAUUGUCGGUAAUAAGCGGAAUGGCGAUCCGGCGAAAAGUUCCUUAGAAACGGAAACCCUAAACCUUGCCCUGGAGAUCAGAACCCAGUUUCUGAUUCAUGAAUUAGAAAGGCGAAAAGACGAUGAUCAAUUUGAUGGCAAGGCUAUUAUGAAUGGGGUAUUUUUUGAUGACAUUAUGCCCGAAGAAGAAGAAGAAGGGUCCGGAGACGGGCAGACAUACCUCCGUGGCUUCAACCUUGGUUUGUUCGAGGAUGAGAAUGGGCGUCUUCCUGAGUGCUUUAGAGAUACCGUAUACUCUAGGAUCAGCGAAAUCCGUAUGCUAACGGGCGACCUGGAAGACUCGGUAAAUAUUGAUGUGCUGAAAGGCGCCUAUCGUUGGGAGAUGUUUGCCAUGCGGGCCGCUCAAUGGGUCCGCAAAAGAGACGAAGAGAUUAAUCAAGUGCUAAAAUCGCAGCGGGGCGCGGAAGACGUGCGCGACGACUACAUACGACGUGCCGCCAGCGUGGUCGAAGAUGUUGAUUUAUCUCAGGACGUGACGGCUGUUCAUGAUGAAGAAGUUUUUGUUUCCGCACCGGAGUCUACAGCGCAGACCGAACAGCCACCGCCAGCAUCAGCUCCUGAGAACCGUGAGCGGCGAAAAUCUGGCAAAAAAUUUCGCAACCUUCAGGCAAUUGGACGCUUAGGUGCGAGAAUGAACUCUGCCACUGUGAGCCCGGCGCCGCGCCGACACUCGGAGUUUGCUGUACCGGCACCACCACAGGCUAGUAAGCCCUCCGCGCCGGCGCCUCGUCGUGAAACAUUACCUGCGUUGCCCGAGCCUACGCCGCCAACACCGGAGCAAUCUCGCAGAAGAUCGCCAUCCCCGGAUAACUAUGACACCUCUCUUCGUGAAGAGGAGGAAUUGACGUUCGACGAUAGUAUGGCAACUGCCCCGGAGAAAUCUACCAGUCCGACUAUGCGUGGAGUCAUGGAGGAAGCGCUUCGACAGGCCGGUCCCACGCAAGCAAGCCAGGCAGCCGAGGAAACAACCGCCCCUUCUUCGUCGGCCCUGAAGGUGUUUGAGUCGAUCAAAUCGGGACGAAAUCCUAGCACCCCGAGACGCCCUAGAACAAAGGGCCCUGCCCAUUUCAUUGACCGCCAAGUAGAUGCGCACAGAGUCUCACCUAUCGGGCAUGAAGCGGAAAGAGCCAGCGUUGAAAAGCAUAGACAGACGCAGCAAUCGCGAAAGCGGACACGAGUGGCAUCGGAUGAUGAAGAUGCGAGCGACGACGACUUUGCGCAGGACGAGCGUUCUGUCGAUGUUGCUGCCAAACGAGCACAGAAACCUGAACAGCCUCAACAGAAGCGGCAGAGAAUAGUGGAGGAUUCAUCUCGGUUACUGGGUACCCUGGCAGCGGGGUUGGCUCGUGCAUCAGAAGCCGAGAGCCCUGGUCGCCGGCCAACUGCCGGACACGAAACCCGCCCCGAACCUUCUCCCCCCAGACCUACUCAAAGACGCAAGCCUUCCCUCCAUGUGCCCGCUACACCACGCACAUAUACUGGGGGUCGAAGGGGCUGGACAGAAGGCGAAAAUGCUCGACUUAUCCGAUUGAUCGAGAAGCAUGCCAACAAGUGGGCGCAGAUCGAGAAUUCGAACAUUGCCGAGAAUGUACCAGAGGGAGAGGAACGAAUUGAUCGAAACCAGGGACAAUUGAAGGAUCGUGCACGGAAUAUGUUAUUAGAAUUUAUUCGGAGAGGAGAGCGGCUCCCCAAGAAUUUCGAACUGGUCACGAUCAAAUCGAACGACUUUAAAACCCUUCAAGAGCAAGGCUAUGACAUCCCUGCUGCGAUUAGCGCGAAGAUGAAUAAGUCCCACCGGUAAUAAUGCUUUUCUUAUUUGCUUGAAUUGAGCGUGCUGGUCUUUUUCUGGGAAAUGAUACCCCGUUGCAAGUCAUGAUUCUUGUUUUAAUUGCUUUUUGGCUGAAUGUAUAUAGCCCCGGCUUAAUGAAGCGGGCAGCCUUUCGGUUGAAUCUUUGACGAUUCGUCUAUGUCUAUGUCUAGUGUCUAGUAUACAGGAUUAACGCAUUACUGGUAUCCAAACGAUUGUUAGCAGUACUG